GCAGACCCACCCGUGCUAACUCGUUCUUAACUCUAUUUUACUCUGCUAGACCCAAUGACCCGUAUAAAACCGCCCAUUUCACUCAUUUUUUGCUCGGUUUGGGCGGGUUAUUUUGGGCCGCGGGUUUUUGUCCACCCCUAUCUACACCUGAAACCGAACAUGAAACAUGCACUAAUAAUGCUAUGAAGUAAAUAUAUUCAUGAGAAUUUAACAUGUGAACAAUAUGUCGGGAUAGUUCUAUCAACAACACCAACACUCUAGAAUAUGCAUCAAUCAUAAUCUUCGAAUAUGAACAAGCUUUAUUAUCAUUUAUCUCACAUUUUCAUCAAUCUUCCCAAACUCAAAAUUACUCAUAGCUACUACCCAUUUCAAAUCAGGUCAUCAUCCACUGCCACCCUUACUUCAGAAAUGAAACGCUGCAAUUACUUCAUUUCAAAGCUAUGCAGAGAAGGUCAAAUCAACGAAGCACGCAAGGUGUUCGAUGAAAUGUCUGAAAGAGAUAGUUGUUUAUGGACUACAAUGAUAAGUGGGUAUAUCAAAUGUGGUUUGAUUAAUGAAGCUAGGAAGUUGUUUGAUAGACUGGAUGCGGAGAAAAGUGUCAUUGUUUGGACUGCGAUGGUUAGUGGAUAUAUUAAGAUAAAUAGAAUUGAGGAAGCUGAGAGAUUGUUUAAUGAGAUGCCAGUUAGGAAUGUUGUGUCGUGGAAUACGAUGAUUGAUGGGUAUGCGAGGAAUGGAAGGACGCAGGAGGCUAUGGAUUUGUUUGGUAGAAUGCCGGAGAGGAAUGUGGUUUCUUGGAAUACGGUUAUGACGGCUUUGGCGCAUUGUGGGAGAAUUGAUGAUGCGGAGAGGCUUUUUAAUGAGAUGCGGGAAAGGGAUGUGGUUUCGUGGACUACUAUGGUUGCGGGUUUGUCGAAAAACGGGAGAGUUGAUGACGCGAGAGAUGUUUUUGAUAGGAUGCCGAUUCGUAAUGUGGUUUCUUGGAAUGCGAUGAUUGCAGGUUAUGCGCAGAAUGGAAGGUUUGAUGAGGCUUUGAAGUUGUUUGAGAGAAUGCCAGAGAGAGAUAUGCCUUCGUGGAAUACAAUGGUCACAGGUUUUAUUCAAAAUGGGGAUUUGAAUAGGGCAGAGAAGUUAUUUCAUGCAAUGCCAGAAAAGAAUGUCAUUACUUGGACUGCUAUGAUGACAGGAUAUGUACAACAUGGUCUAAGUGAAGAAGCGUUGAAAUUAUUUAACAAAAUGCAAGCUAAUGAUGGGUUAAAACCAACCACUGGAACUUUCGUGACAGUUUUGGGUGCUUGUAGUGAUUUGGCAGGUCUUCCUGAAGGACAACAAAUCCAUCAAAUGAUUAGUAAAACAGUUUUUCAGGAGAGCACAUACGUGGUAUCAGCGCUGAUAAACAUGUACUCAAAAUGUGGCGAUUUUCAUGUUGCAAAGAAGAUGUUUGAUGAUGGACUGUCCGGGCACAUGGAUUUGAUAGCUUGGAAUGGUAUGAUUGCCGCAUAUGCACACCAUGGAUAUGGCAAUGAAGCAAUAAUCCUAUUUAAUAAAAUGCAAGAAUUAGGUUUCCAAGCCAAUGAUGUCACUUAUGUUGGACUUCUCACAGCUUGUAGUCAUGCUGGUUUAUUUGAUGAGGGGUUUAAAUACUUUGAUGAGCUUUUAAAAAACCGAUAUAUGCAAGUAAGAGAAGAUCACUAUACUUGUUUGAUUGAUCUUUGUGGUCGUGCCGGAAGGCUGGAUGAAGCUUUAAAUAUCAUUGAGGGACUCGGAAAAGAGGUGUCACUGUCUGUUUGGGGUGCACUCCUAGCUGGAUGUAGCGUGCACGGGAAUGCUGAUAUUGGGAGGCUCGUGGCUGAUAAAGUCUUGAAAAUGGAACCAGAAAAUGCAGACACCUAUUUAUUAGCUUCAAAUAUGUAUGCUUCUGUUGGGAUGAGGGAAGAAGCUGCCAAUGUUAGGAUGAAAAUGAAAGACAAAGGGUUAAAGAAACAGCCAGGUUGUAGUUGGAUUGAUGUUGGAAAUACUGUGCAAGUAUUUGUAGUCAAUGAUAAAUCACAUUCUCAAUUUGAAAUGCUAAAGUAUUUACUUUUUGAUUUACAUAUAAAAUUGAAGAAGAAUAGGGAAAUACCAGACAAUGAUUUGUUAGUUGAUGUCUAAAUUUUGUAGUACUAAACUACAAAUCCUUGUUGGUUAUAGCUCGGCUUAUACAGUGGAGUUGACUUGUGGUGAGAUUUACUGCCCCUGAAUAAUUUCAAGUGAAAUUAUCUGCCACUUUUUGAUUGAUUGUAUGAGAUAAUGUGAUGUAAGAGCAAGCAAAGAGUUCAGAAUUCAAAGGCUUCACUGGCAUUGGCAGACUCAUAUACUCAGCCUGGUUGCCCUAAAUGUGCUUUGUUAGAUGAAAUGAUUUUGCUAUAGAAUCAGUUUAUGGAAAGCAAAAGUUGUUGCUAAAUGGCCUGAUUACAAACAGAAAAUUGAAGACGCUUCAAUGCAACACAAUCUUGUCAUGUCCAUUCUAUUCCAUGCAGUUCUUGCAGGAUGUAAUGUGUAUGGAAAUGCUGAUACAGGGAAACUUUUAGCUAAUAAGAUUUUAAGAGUUAAAGUAAAGAGUGAGAACAUUUAUUUAUUACUCUCAACAAAUGUAUAGUGGAAAAGAGCUGCCAAUUUUAGUAUGAAAAUCAAGGACAUGGGAUACAUGAAUCUACCAUUUGUUGUCGGUAAGUCAUAUUCUCGAUACUAGGGGAAGGACAUAUAUUAACUGUUCAUAUAUAUGAAUCAAGAUCCGUUGACACCGGGUGUAUUUCCUUG